AUGAAUCCAAACUCUCCAUUGAGUUGCUGUAGACCCAAAAAUGAACAAUCAAGUCCACUUUUCAGGCAGCAAUAUGUAAACCAGGGUGGUAAAGUCAAACUAACAAUGCCGCUAUCACCAAUGCACUAUCUAACUAAUGCAAAUGGAUACAUCAAUGACAUGAGGUACCCUCCUCUAAGAUGGGAGAAUAAUACGUUCCAUUACCCAGGAGUUUACGACUAUCCCGUUCCCCCAAGCGAUGUAAUAAAACAUCCAUACGAUUUUGACUUUAAAGAAAGAUUUGACAAUGAGCCAAGUUAUAACACGAGAAAGGCUGUUACACCUACAAUGUCAUUUGUGGCGCAACCAAAGAGGCAAACUUCAGCUCACUAUGUCAUACCAAGCCCAGAGUGUAAUAAUUGUCAAGUCAAUGGACCAAACAUUGAAAUACUCUUGGCAAGUGUUAACGAAAAGCUCUUGGAGAUUAUGAAGAAACUGGUCGAUGUGGAUGAAAAGGUGUCAAGGUUGGAAAAGGCUUAUGGAGAUUUAGCAAUAAAGAAUAAAGUUGCCGAAGCUAUGAACGAGGUCAUUCCUCAAAAAACAUUCGCACAAAUUCAUAAUCCACAAGAAGAAAAUCCAAACCACGACGAUAAAUUGGUGAAGAAUAUGUCAAUUGUAUCUCAGGUACAGAGUGAACUCAAGGAUACAAGCGACUUAGUGGGAAAAUAUCUCAAGGUAAAUCACUAUCAAAAGAGUAAAGACGUAGGAAUGAGACAAGAGACCUUAAAUAAUAGACUAGUGCAUGCAAAGGAAGAUGAACCGAAAUCGAAAGCAAUUGGUUCUGGAAAGAAUGUACCAGCUAUUUUAAAUGGAAAUGACAAAUGUGCUGAGGGUACAGAAGAACUCGCACUUGCAGAGGAAAAAAAUUCGGAAAUCCUAGAGGCUAUUGAAAGGAGAUUUAAAAUGCUUAUUGGGAGCAUGAACUCAAAAAGCGUUUCUGAGGACCCCAAGAGUAAAAACGAGAUUUGUCUUCCUGGGGAAAAUGGCGAAACAAAAGAUACCUCAUUGGCUAUGAAACCCGUUAUAUGUACACCCCCAGCCCUUGUGAAUGAAGAUGUUAAUCCACCACAGGAGAUUAAAGAUCUGAAUCUAACUGACACGGAAAUAAAGUAUCUGGAAGACUGUUAUGAGAAGGAAACCGAGGAUAGACUAACAUGUGACUUGGUUCCAGAAACUAGAACAGACUUUGAGACCAUUAUAAAGGAAGAUUCCCUUUGUGGAAUGAAUACGAUGGAAUUUUGUGAAUAA